CUCAUUUUUGGCCAACUUGACGCAAAGGUCGUCGUGCGUCCCUGCGUCGCCGGUAGAGGAGGCAUUGGCGCAACGCACUACUCCCGCUGCUGCUGAUACAGAAACCGGCUGUCCUGCUGAAACGGGACACACAACCGACACGGUCCGGUAACCACCUCAUUUGACGAGAGUUCAUCUGUCGCUCCAAGUUGCACAGUCAGCAGCUUCACCAUGAUCAAGAACGGGCAUCACCACCACCAAGUGAACACAGCAGCCGGGAAAGACGCAGGCACGACCCCGGGCGCCGCAGCUUGCAGUCCGGAGAAGAGGAGGCGAAGAAUCCGGGUGUGGUGCGAUGGCUGCUAUGACAUGGUGCAUUAUGGCCACUCCAACCAGCUGCGGCAGGCCAAGGCCAUGGGAGAUUACCUCAUUGUUGGAGUACACACUGACAGUGAGAUUUCAAAGCACAAGGGUCCGCCAGUCUUCACUCAGGAAGAAAGAUAUAAGAUGGUGCGGGCCAUAAAAUGGGUGGAUGAAGUCGUGGAAGGAGCUCCUUAUGUCACCACCCUCGAGACCCUCGACAAGUAUAACUGUGACUUUUGUGUGCACGGAGAUGAUAUAACAUUAACUGUGGAUGGAAAAGAUACAUAUGAAGAGGUGAAGAAGUCAGGACGGUAUAGGGAGUGUAAGAGAACCCAGGGAGUUUCAACAACAGACCUGGUUGGCAGGAUGCUGCUGAUGACCAAAGCACACCACAGCAACAUUGACAGUUCAGACUAUCAAGAGCACACAGACAACUUUGGAAAAAAGGGCCAUAGUCCCUGGACAGGGGUGUCUCAGUUCCUUCAGACAUCUCAGAAAAUCAUCCAGUUUGCUUCAGGCCAGGAGCCUCAACCUGGAGACACUAUAAUCUAUGUGGCAGGAGCCUUUGACCUCUUCCACAUUGGCCAUGUGGACUUUCUGGAAGCCGUGCAUAAGCUUGCAGAAAAGCCUUACAUUAUAGUGGGGUUACACUUUGAUCAGGAGGUGAAUCGUUACAAAGGGAAAAACUACCCCAUCAUGAAUGUCCAUGAAAGGACUCUGAGCGUCCUGGCUUGUCGAUAUGUGUCAGAAGUGGUGAUCGGCGCACCUUUUGCUGUCACAAAAGAUUUGCUGGAUCAUUUCAAGGUGGAUCUUGUUUGCCAUGGAAAGACAGAAAUAUAUCCUGAUAAAGAUGGAUCCGACCCUUAUGCUGAGCCCAGAAGAAAAGGAAUCCUGCGUACUGUUGACAGUGGGAACAGCCUCACUACGGAUGCCAUUGUGCAAAGGAUAAUCAAAAACAGGUUGCUAUUCGAGGCGAGGAACCAGAAGAAAGAGGCCAAAGAGAUUGCAGUGAUCCAAGCCAUGAAGCGACAAGAGGAAGAAAAGACUAAAGAAAGAGCACAGGCUGUGCUGUAGGCACCUUCAGCUGACAGUGACCCUUUCAACUAAUAUAAACUCAUGUACAUUAUAAUCAACCCUUUUGUAAGUGCUAUGACACCCUCCACACAUGAUCCUGACUAAUAUCAGUAGUCUUUACAGCAGCCCCUUCUUUAACCAGGGUGACGUAAUCUGCUGUGGGAUCAUCAGGUAAUAAUAUAGUGUGCAACGAGGGUGUAUCAAUAUGUUCAGCAUAUGCAAUUAUAUGUUUGUGUCAGUCAACAAUCACACAUGCAAAUGAUAAGAUAUAUUAAAAGUUUGGAGGAAGAUGUCACUAUAUAUUCAAAUGUCUAUUUUAUGCCAUUUUUAAUUCUUUAAAUACUUUUUCCUAUUAAAAAAAAAGCAUUUUAUCUUAUUCCUUGGGCAUAUGCAGUGUGCGAUCUUGAACUGUUGGUUAGACACUUGAUUAUAUAACAAGAAGUGAUUUGAUUUGUCAUUUCAGUGGGGCUGAUGCUGCUGUUUGCCCAGCAAUGGGCUAGCCUCACAACUAAUCUAUUACACUAUGUGUGUCUGUGUGUGUUAUAAAAGCGACUGCAGGCUCUCUGGAGGAUGCUGACAACACGCGAGAAUCAGGAGAGAGAUCUCUCCCUGCUUCUCUGUUCUGUACAUACCAGAUUCUGUUUCGGAUGGCACAGACUGCACAGAAAAUCUAAACAUUUUAAAUGAAGUUUGUUAUUUUUGUUUUGUUUUUUUUUUUAACUCAAAAAUGCACAUUGUUGAGAUCUGAACAUCUGGCCUUUUGAGUGCAGUAGCUCUAAUUUUUUUUUUAUUUUUUUUAUUAUUAAUCAACACAUGGCACAUUUAUCCUAACAUACAGAAACUUAUGGUUUUAACCUUUAGCUUUCACGGUAUUACUACAGAACUAUGGCAGAUGCUCAGAGUUGUUGACUUGAUCAUGAAGUAGACCUCUUACUGUCUCAAUUUAACGUCUGUCUCUAUAUCAAACAGGAUUAAAUUAUAUAUUUUUUUGUAGAUGUAUAUUUUACUCACCUCCUCUCCAUUAAUUCCUGUAUAGAUGUUUUCAUAUCGUUUCAAAAACAUUGUCUGUAUGUCAGUUUGGAAUGUAUUAAGUAUAGGCUAUAAUCAAUAUGUUACGUAUGCUGCAGAAACUGAUUGGACUGCAGUAUAUUAUUGCUGAUAAUAACAAUUUAUUCUGAAAAGCUGUUUGUCUUUUAUACACAGUGUGUUGUUUGUCUUCACAGUUAAUGCGAUUCCUCGGUUAAGGAAGCAGAUGACGAAGCUGCACAUUAGUUACAUUAUAAAAGGGUAAAGUCAUGUUUUGGACACAGAAACGACCUUUGAUUAGAGAGCCAGAAAGAGAUCAUCUGAUCUGAGUUUUGCAACAUAUGAGUCACACAGAGCUCGUUAAAUGUCAGGCCAUUCAUGUAAGUUUAUUAUAGCAGCUGAUUAGUGCCCAGCACAGUUCUGUAAGCUUUCCAAAAAGAGAAGAAGAAGGAGAGAGUUUGAUAAAAUACGUGUAAAUGUUUAAAACGGAGGCAUGA